AUGUGCCUCGACAAACGGCCUCUGGAUCCUGACCUCCCCGACCGAGCCAGCCCGCAGAAAGCAGACAUGGCGAAUACGACUGCCGAUGCGACGAACCCAAAGACUAUAGAGACUCAGGCCAUGAUCACAGCCUUGAAAGGAACGGCCAUUCGGGUCCCAAACCUCUACGGCAUUCUCAAGGGGUGGCCGGUGAAGGCCAACAUCAAUUACAAGCGUCUCAUUCCCGUCAUCGAAAGUACUUUUGACCGACUCGUCAAGCCGUCUCAGCUGCGGGAGAAGUACCGGAAGGCCAAUUAUGCCCGCUUCGUCAGUCUAUACUACCCUCAUCCUAAAUGGGACCAAGUUCGGAUCCUGGCGCUUUACAUUAUUUGGUUGUUCUGCUGGGACGACGCCAUCGAUCAGCAGGGAACCGGUGACUUAAGCAACGACAUACUCCACGCCAAGGCUCAUCGAGACAACACCAUCAGAGUGCUUGAGCAUUUCCUUGGCCUUGCCCCUCCCAAGACCAAAUUAAGCGUUGAGCUUCAAAAUGCCAAUCCUGAGUUGAAGAUGAUUGGAGACAAGCUACAGAUGGGCUACUCUCUUGAACAGAGACAGACGUUCAUGACCCAGAUGCGGCGCUACAUCGACAACUGCCACGAGGAACAGAAAAUGCGUCUCCAGGGCACACUUCCUGACAUUGAGUCGUAUUCCGAGCUUCGACAUGGCACGGCUGCGGUCUGGACUCUGUGCGCUCUAAUCGAGUAUGGUCUAUCGGACAACAUUCCAGAGGAUAUCCGGCACAUGGGGCAGAUCCAAACCAUAUGGUCAGAGACAAGCAGGGCCAUUUGGAUCACAAAUGACAUUCUUUCUCUCCGGAAAGAGAUUCCUAAGGAAGGCAGCGAGAGCAUUGUGAAUGCCAUCCCCAUACUUAUGAAGCACAAGGGUAUAUCCCCUCAGCAGGCUGUCGAUGACCUCCUUGCUGAGCUGGCUACCUCAGUGACGGUCUUUGAGGAGGCAGCUGGUAUUUUAGAGCAGUCGGCUGGCAAGGGAGGGCAGGAGUUAAUGAAGACCUACUGCGACGCAUGUCGUUGCAUGGUCACUGGAUCCAUCCAGUUCACAUUGGAAUCCUCCCGCUACAAACUGGAGGGCUGCUUGAAUGAGGACGGUUCCUUGGACAUUUUGCUUUGA